AUGAACAAGCUGUACAUCGGCAACCUCAACGAGAGCGUGACCCCCGCGGACUUGGAGAAAGUGUUUGCGGAGCACAAGAUCUCCUACAGCGGCCAGUUCUUGGUCAAGUCCGGCUAUGCCUUCGUGGACUGCCCCGACGAGCACUGGGCGAUGAAAGCCAUCGAAACUUUCUCCGGGAAAGUCGAAUUGCAAGGAAAACGCCUAGAGAUUGAACACUCAGUCCCCAAAAAACAAAGGAGUCGGAAAAUUCAGAUUCGAAACAUCCCACCCCAGCUCCGUUGGGAAGUGCUGGACAGCCUGCUUGCUCAGUACGGUACAGUGGAGAACUGCGAGCAAGUGAACACCGAGAGUGAGACUGCGGUGGUGAAUGUCACCUAUUCCAACCGGGAACAGACCAGGCAAGCCAUCAUGAAGCUGAAUGGCCACCAGCUGGAGAACCACGCCUUAAAAGUCUCCUACAUUCCUGACGAGCAGAUAGCACAGGGUCCUGAGAAUGGGCGCCGCGGAGGCUUUGGCUCUCGGGGUCAGCCCCGCCAGGGCUCCCCUGUGGCAGCGGGGGCCCCAACCAAGCAGCAGCAAGUGGAUAUCCCCCUGCGGCUCCUGGUGCCAACCCAGUAUGUGGGUGCCAUCAUUGGCAAGGAGGGGGCCACCAUCCGAAACAUCACGAAACAGACCCAGUCCAAGAUAGAUGUGCACAGGAAGGAGAAUGCAGGCGCUGCGGAGAAGGCCAUCAGCGUCCACUCGACUCCUGAGGGCUGCUCAUCUGCGUGUAAGAUGAUCUUGGAGAUUAUGCAUAAGGAGGCAAAGGACACCAAAACGGCCGACGAGGUUCCCCUGAAGAUCCUGGCCCAUAAUAACUUUGUGGGGCGUCUCAUUGGCAAGGAAGGGCGUAACCUGAAGAAGGUGGAACAGGACACAGAGACGAAGAUCACCAUCUCCUCGCUGCAGGACCUCACCCUCUAUAACCCCGAGAGGACCAUCACUGUGAAGGGGGCCAUUGAGAACUGCUGCAGGGCGGAGCAGGAGAUCAUGAAGAAAGUUCGGGAGGCCUACGAGAAUGACGUGGCUGCCAUGAGUCUGCAGUCACACCUCAUCCCCGGCCUGAACUUGGCGGCUGUAGGUCUGUUUCCAGCCUCGUCCAGUGCGGUCCCGCCACCUCCCAGCAGUGUCACUGGGGCUGCUCCCUACAGCUCCUUUAUGCAGGCUCCAGAGCAGGAGAUGGUGCAGGUGUUCAUCCCGGCGCAGGCAGUGGGUGCUAUCAUCGGGAAGAAGGGACAGCACAUCAAACAGCUCUCCCGCUUCGCCAGUGCCUCCAUUAAGAUUGCUCCUCCUGAAACUCCUGACUCCAAAGUUCGUAUGGUCAUCAUCACUGGACCCCCAGAGGCCCAAUUUAAGGCUCAGGGAAGAAUUUAUGGAAAACUCAAGGAGGAGAACUUCUUUGGUCCCAAGGAGGAAGUAAAGCUGGAGACCCACAUCCGGGUGCCGGCGUCGGCUGCCGGCAGGGUCAUUGGCAAAGGCGGCAAAACGGUGAAUGAGUUGCAGAAUUUGACAGCAGCCGAGGUGGUGGUGCCAAGAGACCAGACCCCGGAUGAAAAUGACCAGGUCAUCGUCAAGAUCAUCGGACAUUUUUAUGCCAGCCAGAUGGCCCAGAGGAAAAUACGAGACAUCCUGGCCCAAGUUAAACAGCUGCACCAAAAGGGACAGAGUAACCAGGCCCAGGCACGGAGGAAGUGACCAGCCCCUCCCCAUCACGUCGACUCAAGGACAACGGGCUGAAAUCGAGAGCGCGUUCUCCCCAGCAGGCCUGAGAAUGAGUGGGAAUCAGGGACACUUGGGCCGGGAUGUAGAUCAGGUUUGCCCACUUGCUUGAGAAAAGACGUUCCAGUGAGGAACCCUGAUCCCUCGGCCCCACACGCCCAACCAA